CGUCAGACGAUAUCUUAUCAGAUCAAACAAACACAAAGUUACUUCCGCUUUUCUUCAUCCACACGACCAGUAACUGUGAGCAUGCCUGUGACAGUCAAGGAUUUGGAACGAGCUAUUCGAGCUGCAUUCCCCGUGUCCCAUCUCGAUAUCGAGGAUCAAUCAAGUGGGUGUGGAUCCAGCUAUGCAAUUCUCCUGGUCAGUGAGGCUUUCGAGGGGAAGAGUACUCUUGCAAGGCAUAGAUCAAUCAACCAGGCACUGAAGCAAGAAAUAUCACAGCUGCACGCGUUCUCUCAGAAAUCCUUCACUCCAGCGCAAUACGCAGCGUAUCAAGCGAAAAAUGGUUGACCGACUCGGAGUCUUUUGCAACAGCAUAGUAGUGGUAUUUCGCCAGAAAUUAGACGGAUGACAACUGGCGUGUUUUUCAGUUCAAGUAGGGAAUGAGCCGGUAAUACUGAGAUCAACCCUCCAAGCGUAGCCUUCAGAUCCGGUGUGAUGUGAACAUGAUCUUCAAGGUGGACAAUAGAGGCAGUUGCUCCCGCCUAAACAUUUGCCACUGUCCGAGUGCAGCGACUGGCAUUCAAGUUUGAUCAUCUGUUUCCACAGACCACCGGUACAAUUCUACGCAUCAGAUUACAUGUCAAGACCACGGUGACACAACUACAUCCCCUUCCGUGACUUUGUGGAGGCCUUGACUU